ACCCAGAGGCAGAAGCAGAGACUUCAGACUUCAACAUUUCUGGUCAAGCUCGAGGGGCCUCUUCAAACCGUUGAAGCCGUGGCUCAGGCUGCGAACAUGUCUUCGAUACAGGAGACCAUAAUGGCGAUGGACUCGUCGGGGCAAAGCAGCUCCUUCUGCAAAGUCAAUGGCCUGGAAAAAAUGGCUAUUGAGGCCUUUUUAUCCAAGUCCCGCAUUCGCUCGGCAUUCUCCCCUACCUUCAUUCGAAUCUCAGUUGCCCGAAAGGAGUUGUCAACCGAUUCCAUCUAUCCAACUCUUGGCAUCGACUCAACACUGCCUCAACACCGACUGCGAGAUCAUGACAACAACCCUCAACCAGCUCAGAGCGAAUACCCCAUCUUGUACUUUCUCUACGGUACUCUAGCGCAGAGUGAGGUCCUUUCCGACCUUUUGGGUACAGAUCCUGUGUAUUACGAUGCCAAGAUCCAUGGUGGGGUUCUCGGAAGCUGGGGCAACUACAAGGCACUUGUCGACGAUCCGAGUCAGAGAAACACGGUACAAGGAAAGGCGUUUGAAGUCACAUGUGAAGAGGAUGAGGAGGUUCUGCGUCUAUAUGAGACGGAAGCGUACGAGAUUGUCAGAUGCCAGAUUGAGUUGGACGAGGGACAGUUCAUUGACGGUUUAACGUUUCGUUGG